AUGGUGAAGCUGUUCAUCGGGAACCUCCCGCGCGAGGCCACGGAGCAGGAGAUCCGCGCGCUGUUCGAGCAGUACGGCAAGGUGCUGGAGUGCGACAUCAUCAAGAACUACGGCUUCGUGCACAUCGAGGACAAGACGGCGGCCGAGGACGCCAUCCGCAACCUGCACCACCACAAGCUGCACGGCGUCUGCAUCAACGUGGAGGCCUCCAAGAACAAGAGCAAGGCGUCCACCAAGCUGCACGUGGGCAACAUCAGCCCCACGUGCACCAACCUGGAGCUGCGCGCCAAGUUCGAGGAGUACGGCCCGGUCAUCGAGUGCGACAUCGUCAAGGACUACGCGUUCGUGCACAUGGAGCGCGCCGAGGACGCCGUGGAGGCGCUGCGCGGCCUGGACAACACCGAGUUCCAGGGCAAGCGGAUGCGCGUGCAGUUGUCCACGAGUCGGCUCCGGACCGCGCCGGGGAUGGGCGACAAGAGCGGCUGCUACCGCUGCGGGAAGGAAGGGCACUGGUCUAAAGAGUGUCCCGUAGACCGCCCGGGCCAGGCGGCCGACUUUACCGAGGCCUAUAACGAGCAGUACGGCGCGGUGCGCACCCCCUACCCCGCGGGCUACGGGGAGACCGUCUAUUACGAUGACGCCUAUGGCGGGAUGGUCGACUACUACAAGCGCUACCGCGUGCGCUACGACGCCUACGCGAACAGA